GACCUGCUGGCUCUCCUGCACCAGCACGGGCCGUCCACGGAGGGGAUCUUCCGCCUGGCGGCCGGCGAGCGCGCCUCCCGGGAGCUGCGGGAGGCCCUCGACAGCGGCGCGGAGGUUGACCUCGAAAGCCAGCCUGCGCACCUGCUGGCCGUCAUCCUGAAGGACUUCCUCCGGAAGAUCCCCUCCAAGCUCCUCGAGGCAGAGCUCUACGAGGAGUGGAUGAGCGCCCUGCAGAGGACCAGCAGGCAGGAGAGGCUGGCAGGGCUGAAGGAGUAAGUGUGG